GAAUUUUCUCCAACGACCUGCUAACUGAGAUAUUGCCAAGGAAAGAUUCACACUCGCGACCAAAAGCCGGCAUUUCCAAUUCAAGCCGCGUCGCGAGCGGUUACCUUAUCGUGAUACGUGUGUGAAAUAAAUUAGUUUAAAAAUGCAUCCUUACGUCCGUCGAACAAUCAGGGCGACUUUAGCCUCGCUCGAGUGGUUGCGCAUAACCACCCUUCGUGUAACCACCAGAAUUAUCGAACUGAUUGUUUUGAGUUGGUUGAGUGUUUAUUAUAUUGCCGAAGCUCUGAUCUUGACCUUCACGCCGGCGUUUCUUCGUCGGCAGAAAACCCUUCGAGGGAAAAUCGUUUUGGUGACGGGAGGUGCCGGUGGAGUAGGUCAAGAGUUAGCCCUGAGACUUGCCAGACAAAAGGCUCGAGUUGUCAUUUGGGACAAUAAUGAAAAAGCUUUAGAAAAGGUGCGUGAAAAAAUAGAAUCGGAAGGUUACAAAGUUCACACUUAUCCUGUGGACGUCACCGAUCGCGAAAACGUUUACAAAUACGCCGACAUUGUAAAAUCCGACAUAGGCCAUAUCGACGUCCUCAUAAACAACGCCGGAAUCGUUUGUGGCCAAACAUUCCUCGAAAUCCCGGAUUAUAUGAUCGAAAAAACGUUCAAAGUGAACAUUUUAUCGCACUAUUGGACCACUAAAGCCUUUCUCCCCAACAUGAUCAAGACGGGAAAAGGCCACAUUGUCACAAUCGGAAGUCUCACCGGACUUUUGGGCACUUACAAGUGCACCGAUUACAGUGCCUCCAAACAUGCAACGAUUGGUUUCCACGAAAGUCUCCUAAUCGAGCUCAAAACGCACGGUCAUCAUCAGAUUAAAAUGACGUUGGUUUGCCCGUAUUUUAUCAACACAGGGAUGUUUGCCGGCUGCAAGCCCAGAAACAUGAACAUGUUGGAACCGAAGGAUGUUGCAAAAAGGAUAAUUACAGCCAUUAGGAGGGAGGAAGUCUAUGUCACAAUGCCGGCUUUCUCGCGGUUUGUCCUCCCCGUCAAAAACUUCAUUCCGGCAAAACUAAACUGGGCCCUCGUUUACAAAGUAAUUCAAGGGCCGCAAUCUAUGAUGGGAAUGAGAAACUUCCAAGAAGUAGAAGCUGCCUAAGCCCACAUUUCAAAUAAAUUAGAGGUGUUUGUGGUUGUAAUAAUUUAUUUAGAAAAGGAAAAUCAUAACAAAUCGUAAAAA